UCUUUGGGACGCCCGGAUACAACGCUCCCGAAGUCUUGCUGGGCCAGCCGUUUGGAACAUCAAUUGACAUGUGGGCUGCCGGGUGCAUACUAGCUGAGAUAUCUGUCGGCAAACGACUGAUGUCAAUGAGCAGCGAGAGUCAGGAGAUCGCUGGCAUCACAAAGAUUGUGGGAACACCACCCUUUGAGAUGCUGCACGCUGCACCAGACGGUCCUCGGUAUUUCAACUUCUUUGGGCAACUGACCAAGGAAUGUCUGCAGGAGACCCCUCAGUGUUGCCCGCUCAAGGAGUUUCUGAAAACGAGAGACCCAUUGUUCCUGGACUUCAUCAGCUCCAUCCUAUGCUGGAACCCAAAUGACCGUCUAACUCCGAAAAGUGCUCUCAAGCACCCAUGGAUGAGUGCAGCUCCAGCUCCACCACCUGGACUUCACCAGGCACCAGCAUGCAAGAUCAACUCCCAUCUGGCUCCUGCAACCAAGACCUUCCCUAUUCUGGACCCCUACAACAUCCCUUCCAAGACAAUGGACCUCUACAAAUUAUGCUGGCUGGAUUCGGACCCCAACAACUUCUUCAUCCCGGCUCCAGCACCUUGCCACCUUCCCUCAAUUCCACAACUUACUUCUCCUGGCCAAAUUCCAGUCGAAUCAUUUUGCAGCAGCUCUUCCGGAGUGGCAAUUCCCAUUUUGGCCACUAAGGUGUCCACUGCCACUUUCCUUCCAUCUCCAGCCGCCGUUGCAGUCCCCUUAAUUGAGCCAAGGACUGACGCCUUCCUGGCUUCUGCUUCUGUUGCAUUAAGCGCCGGAACCAUUUUGGAUGUGGAGAUGCCUACAGCCACUAGCUCAACAUCCACCACAAAAUGCAGCAUUCAGGUGGAAGAUGUGAACACUGCUGUGUCUUCGACAGCAUCAAUUGCUGACCCCCUCCCAGAGUCGGAGACCAGAAUUGAUGCGGACAUCAAGCCUCUGGAUAUUGAGGAAUUUCAUAUUUCAAUUGAGGCAGUCGAUGAGGCGACCCAAAAUGGAGCCGAGACGAGCAUGGGCUCCAUAUUGUCUCUGCCUAUAAACGCAGACGACACUGUUAACCCUCUAAUGGAGUCCGAGAGCACGGUUAAGGCAGACUCUAAGCCUCACGAUGCUGAACAAAUGAAAGCCAUGGUACAGAGUGACAUGGACAGUGCAGAAAAAUUAUUGAGGUCCCCAAAUCCCAAUCACCAACCAUCCGCAAGAGAUUGCAUCGGUUCGGACGCGCUCUUAUUAAGUUCGUCUGUUGUUGUGGGGGAAGUGGUGAGGGGGAUUAAAUGUUUUAAUAUUGUCAAAUAUAUGGGCAGCCCUCGACUUAUCACCUGUUCAUAAGUCGAACGGUUUAUAAGACGUUUUUAAAAGGGAAACAUUGUUAAACUCAUAAAAAAUAUUGUACAUUUGCAUUUUAUACUGUAAUAAAUACUAUAUUAUACAUAACAUACCAAAUAAAUGUUGGUAAAUAGAAAGAAAAAUCAGUUUUAACUUAACUUGCCUUGAUUCCCGAUGAUGCUGGCUU